AUGGAAUCUGAGAUUCGUGUGCUACGAGACAAGGUCGAUGAUGCCAGAAGCAGAGUCACCAGCACAAAGUCUCGUAACAGGGUUCUCCAGGCACUGACACAUUUAAAGAACUCUGGGCGAUUACAAGGAUUCUAUGGCCGUCUAGGUGACUUGGGUGUCAUUGACGACAAAUACGACGUUGCUGUGUCCACGGGAGGUGGAUCGUUGGACGAUAUGGUUGUUGAUUCCGUCGAGACUGCACAACAGUGUAUUAAUUACAUGAGAAAGAACAAUCUUGGGUUCGGAAAGUUUAUUGUCUUGGACAAGUUGAGAAAGUUCAAUCUCUCCAAAAUCCCUACGCCAAACAACGUUCCACGGUUGUUUGACCUGAUCACGCCCUGCGAUCCAAAGUUUGCGCCGGCAUUCUACAGUUCCAUGUACAACACGCUGGUUGCUUCCAAUUUGGAGGAGGCCAACAAAGUUGCUUUUGGAGCGAAGAGAUGGCGUGUGGUCACGCUUGAUGGAAAGCUGGUUGACGUGAGCGGCACGCUGUCUGGAGGAGGGUCUCGGGUUUUCAGCGGCGCCAUGAAGUUGAAGUCUGCUACCUCUAAGGCAGGCGAGAUUUCGGAGGUAGAGCUCAAUGCGAUGUCUGAGGACGUCCAGACUAAGGAAGAUGCAUUUUUGAAGGCCCAGGCUGCUUUUAACGAAAUGGAGACGGCGUUGGCUGCUUUCAAGGACAGGCUGCCUGAAAUCGAAAUGGCAAUCUCCAAACUGAGACUGGAAAUCGAUAUGGACCUGGAGGAGGCCAAGGAAGCAAAAGUGCGGGCCAAAGAAGUGUCUGUCAACAAGAAGGCAAUUGCCAGUACUGAAGAUCGGAUGAUCAAGGAGGAAAAGGCAAUUGCGAAGUUGGAGGCCGAGAAGCAAGAUCUGAAAGACCAGUCGCAAGGUCUCGAAGACCAGAUUGCAGAGCUCCAGGACAAAAUCAUGCAAGUUGGUGGUGUGAAGUUGAAAAUGCAGAAGUCGAAGGUAGACUCUGUUUUGCAGAAAUUGGAGAUUCUCAAUGAGAAAGAGUCCAACGACUCGUUACAGCUCACAAAGCUUAAGAACCAGGUGACGCGAUUGAACAACCAGAUAAGCGAGAACGAGGCUGAAAUUAAGGAGGCAGAAGAGACCAUCAACCAGAUACGUGAGGUUUAUGACACGAGUCUUGCAAGCUUCCAGGCCUCGGAAAAGGAACUGCAAGAUUUGAGUUCACAGAUGGACGAGCUUCUGGAGAAGUGCGACGAGAUCAAGGAGGAGCUGAAUUUCAAGCAGUCCAAGAUUGCAGAUCUCAGAAAAGGAGAGAUAAAGCUUGUCACCGAGAUCGAGAAGUGCGAGCAGAGUAUCAGCCAGUGCGACCGCAACAUCAAGAAGAUCACCGACGAAAUGGGCCAUGCAGAAACACGCGAUCUGGAGACUCUUGUUGGCUGGAUGGAGUACUGCGACACCAAACAGCGGCUGUUGGCUCCGCCUCCACAGUUUUCGUCUGAGGACCUGAAAAAUGUGGACUGCGAGGCCUUAGCGUCGGAGAUCGAGGAGCUUGAGAAACAAACAGAGUCCAUGACAGUCGAUUUGGACAUUUUGCAGGAGUACGCAAGACGGUACAAGGAGUUCAACGAGCGGAAAGCAGAUUUGAACGAGUCGGUGGCCAAAAGAGAUGAACUUAAGCAGGCGUGCGAGGAUCUCAAGAAGAGACGUCUUGACGAGUUCAUGGCGGGUUUCAACACCAUUUCAUUGACGCUGAAAGAGAUGUACCAGAUGAUCACGAUGGGUGGAAACGCCGAGCUGGAGCUGGUGGACUCGCUUGAUCCGUUCUCGGAGGGUAUUCUUUUUUCUGUGAUGCCUCCCAAGAAGUCCUGGAAAAAUAUCAGCAAUCUGUCUGGAGGAGAAAAGACGCUUUCUUCCCUCGCACUGGUGUUUGCUCUACACCGCUACAAGCCCACGCCACUCUAUGUGAUGGACGAGAUCGACGCUGCUCUGGAUUUCAGAAACGUGAGUAUUGUGGCCAAUUAUAUUAAGGAGCGCACGAAAAACGCACAAUUCAUCGUUAUUUCCCUCAGAAACAACAUGUUCGAGCUUGCCCAGCAGCUGGUGGGUAUAUACAAGGUCAGCAACAUGACCAAGUCCAUCUCUAUGCAGAAUAGAGAUAUAUUGACGGCCUAG